UUUUUUUUUUUUUUUGAUACGGAGUCUUGCUCUCUGUCGCCCAGGCUGGAGUGCAGUGGUGCAAUCUCGGCUCACUGCAACCUCCGCCUCCCAGGUUCAAGUGAUUCUCCUGCCUCAGCCUCCCAAGUAGCUAUGAUUACAGGUGCACACCAUCACGCCCAGCUAAUUUUUGUAUUUUUAGUAGAGACAGAGUUCCACCAUCUUGGCCUGGCUGGUCUUGUAGUCCUGACGUUGUGAUCCACCUGCCAGAGUACUGGGAUUACAGGUGUGAGCCACCACGCCCGGCCACAGCACAGCUCUUACUGCCACACUAUGCUGCCACCUGGCUAUUAAUGUGCAGAAGAGUCAUGGCUUGUUAAUUCCAUUGCUUGAAACUCAUCCUUAGUGGCAGGGGCAGGGGGCUUGAACACACUUCUCUCAGGAGAGCAAGUCAGUGAGUGGGGGUUCCUGCACAGUGGCUGACACAUGGCAGGUGCUCAGCGAGUAGUUCAUUGUUCAUGAAGUAAAUGGGGCUGGGCGCAGUGGUUCACACCUGUCAUCCCAGAAUUUUGGUAGGCUAAGUUGGGUGUAUCACUUGAGCCCAGGAGUUCAAGACCAGCUUGGGCAACAUGGCAAAACCUUGUCUCAAAAAAAAAAAAUACAAAAAUUAGCCAGGUGUGGUGGUGUGCGCCCGUAGUGCCAGUUACAUGUGGGGCUGAGGUGGGAUCACUUCAGCCCAGGUGGUUGAGGCUGCAGUGAGCUAUGAUCGUGCCACUGCACUCCAGCUUGGGGGACAGAACAAUACCCUGUCUCAAUAAAUAACUCACAAUUCAUGGAAGAGUCAUGCACUGGGGUUAGCCCAGCUCUACAACUGAUGGUCUUAGGCAAGUACACCUCUCUUGGAGUAAAUCAUUCUUAUCUAUAAAAUGGGCAUAACAGUUUGUCUUGGCUGGGUGCAGUGGCUCAUGACUGUAAUCCCAGCACUUUGGGAGGCCAAGGUGGGCAGAUCAUGAGGUCAGCAGUUAAGAGACCAGCCUGACCAACAUGGUGAAACCCCGUCUCUACUAAAAGUACAAAAAUUAGCUGGGCGUCGUGGCGUCUACCUGCAAUCCCAGCUACUCAAGAGGCUGAGGCAGGAGAAUCGCUUGAACUUGGGAGGCAGAGGUUGCAAUGAGCCAAGAUUGUGCCCCUGACUCCAGCCUGAAUGACAGAGCAAGAUUGUCUCAAAAAAAAAAAACAACCUGGCACAGUGGCUCACACCUAUAAUCCCAGCACUUUGGGAGGCCGAGGUGAGAGGAUCAGCUGAGGUCAGGAGUUUGAGACCAAACUGACCAACAUGGUGAAACCCUGUCUCUACUAAAAAUACAAAAAAUUAGCUGGGGGCUUGGUGGCAGGCACCUGUAAUUUCAGCUACUCGGGAGGCUGAGGCAGGAGAAUCGCUUGAACCUGGGUGUCGGAGGUUGCAGUGAGCCAAGGUCGAGCCAUUGCACUCCAGCCUGGGCGAAAAGAGCAAGACUUAGUCUCAAAAAAAAAAAAAAAAAAAAAGGCCAGGCACAGUGGCUCAUGCCUGUAAUCCCAGCUCUUUGGGAGGCCGAGGUGGGCGGAUCACGAGGUCAAGAGAUCGAGACCAUCCUGGCCAACAUGGUGAAACCCCGUCUCUAUUUAAAACACAAAAAAAUAGCCGGGCAUGGUGGCAUGUGCCUGUGGUCCCAGCUGCUCGGGAGUCUGAGGCGGAAGAAUCGCUUGAACCCAGGAGGCGGAGGUUGCAGUGAGCCGAGAUUGCGCCACUGCACUCAAGCCUGGCGAUAGAGCAAGACUCCGUCUCAAAAAAAAAAAAAAAAAAAAAAAGUUUGUCUUGCCUGAUUCUUUCAGUUAUAGGAGGGAUUGAAUGAAACAAGGUCCUGGUCGUCGGCAAAGCCUGAGUCCUGUCCUCUCGCACGAGCUUCACCACUCGCUCCACCUUCUCCACCAACUACCGGUCCAUGGUCGGUCAGCAGCGCGGCCAGUGUCUGUGCAGGCGUCAGGGGCUCUGGUUCCCACAUCUCUGUGAUGCGCUGCACCAGCUUCCGGAGCGGCAUGGGGGUCGGGGGCCUGGCCGCGGGGAUGGCCAGGGGUCUGGCAGGAAUGGGAGGCAUCCAGAACGAGGAGACCAAGCAAAGCUUGAACGACUGCCUGGCCUCCUACCUGGACAGAGUCAGGAGCCUGGAGACCGGGAACCGGAAGCUGGAGAGCAAAAUCCGGGAGCACCUGGAGAAGAAGGGACCCCAGGUCAGAGACUGGGGCCAUUACUUCAAGACCAUCGAGGACCCGAGGGCUCAGAUCUUCGCAAAUACUGUGGACAAUGCUGGCAUCGUUCUGCAGAUUGACAAUGCCCGUCUUGCUGCUGAUGACUUUAGAGUCAAGUAUGAGACAGAGCUGGCCGUGCGCCAGUCUGUGGAGAGCGACAUCCGUGGUCUCCGCAAGGUCGUCGAUGACACCAAUGUCACUUGGCUGCAGCUGGAGACAGAGAUCGAGGCUCUCAAGGAGGAGCUGCUCUUCAUGAAGAAGAACCAUGAAGAGGAGGUAAAAGGCCUACACGCCCAGAUUGCCAGCUCUGGGUUGACCGUGGAGGUAGAUGCCCCCAAAUCUCAGGACCUCGCUAAGAUCAUGGCAGAAAUCUGGGCUCAAUAUGACGAGCUGGCUCGGAAGAACCAAGAGGAGCUGGACAAGUACUGGACUCAGCUGACUGAGCAGACUACCACAAUAGUCACCACACGGUCCACUGAGGUUGAAGCUGCUGAGAUGACGCUCACAGAGCUGAGACGUACAGUCCAGUCCUUGGAGAUCGACCUGGACUCCAUGAGAAAUACGAAGAUCAGCUUGGAGAACAGCCUGAGGGAGGUGGAGGUCCGCUACGCCCUGCAGAUGGAGCAGCUCAACGGGAUCCUGCUGCACCUGGAGUCAGAGCUGGCACAGACCCGGGCAGAGGGACAGUGCCAGGCCCAGGAGUAUGAGGCUCUUCUGAACAUCAAGGUCAAGCAGGAGGCUGAGAUUGCCACCUACCGCCGCCUGCUGGAAGAUGGCGAGGACUUUAGUCUUAGUGAUGCCUUGGACAGCAGCAACUCCAUGCAAACCAUCCAAAAGAAGAUCACCCGCUGGAUAGUGGAUGGCAAAGUGGUGUCUGAGACCAACACCACCAAAGUUCUGAGACAUUAGGCCAGCAGAAGUGGGGGACCCUUGGGGGAGCAGGAGGCCAAUAAAAAGUUCAGAG